CUACUAUGAAACAGGCCUACCAUUAUACAAACGGCUGCCGCAAUUUAAUGCCCACUGGUUCGAGCAGUCAACGGUCCAAGCUGACUCGACCAGCAUAACCACGUACAUUAUCAUGGCCCUUUGCGUCAGGCAGCAAUUCCACAAGCGCAACACCCCGGAUGCCCAUCAAACCGCGAGCUACUGCACGACAUCAACCAUGGUACAACCCCAUCGUUCUGCAUCUGGCCACCGCUGCUUGACACCUGUAAGAAUUCAGAAAUGCUCACACACUAAUUCUGCCUACAUAAAAACCUGCGCCGGUACACCUAGCUCGUGCCGACCCAUCCCGAGCAAACCAGCCAGAGUGCUUAAACGACAAGUACAGAGAUGGCCUAGUACGUCGCCGACCGAAGAACUGCCUGAUGCACAGCACAACUUCUAUAUUCGGCACGACUUGCAGACCCCGACUUCGCCUCACGCAUCCGGCCCGACUACUAGCGUCAGAAAAGGGUCGGGCCUGCACUAAAUGAUCUGAGAAGGUACGAUAUAAGCAUGCAAAUCGCCUAGAUAUUGGAUCAGCGA